AUGGGUAUUUGGGGUGAAGAUCGAAUGACAAAUAUCGCAAUCGGUAUUCGAGUCUUUCAAUUGGUUUGUGUGUUUUCCAUGUUGAUCGUUUGUAUCGUUUUGGCUACUUUUCAAAAUCAGUGGAUCGGAAAGCUGUCUGGGCUGACUGCUCUACUGCUCAUCGUUACCGUUUUGACAUUCUUGGUCGUGGCAUUCAUUUUGGCCGUUUCAUUCUUACCGCAUUCGCUUCAUAUCACCCAAGAUAAAAUCAUACGUGUUUUGGAACAGCCUCGAUUGGGUUUGGUAAUGAACGGUCUUGGAUCAGGUGUUUGGUUGAUUCUUGCAAUGACGCAGACGAUCUCUUCGUAUACCAUGCCAGGUUGCAAAGACCCAGCCAAAGACCCACAUGCUGACAGUUCAAAAGGCAAAAAGGAAGAUUUCCAAAGUGCUUUACCAAGCUUUUGUACCACGAAGAAAGCUGGAGCAGCAUUUGCAUGGUUCAUCUUUGUGACCGCAUUAGCUACACUGUUUUUGUUUUUACGAAUGUGGAAACUUUCUCGUAAGAAUGGACCUAGAAUUCCACCUUUUGUUCAUCCUGCAGAUGAUGGUGCAUUUGAACCAAUUGGAGAGGAUAUGGAACACGAUGAAGAGGAUAACAUUUACGCCAGAGAACAAGCCGGAAUGCCGAUCAGUAGUGGCCGCUAUGGAGAAGGGGGUGAUGGACGAUAUGGAUAUGGAGGAUACGAUGAUCCCAAUCAGCCACAACAAUACAACCAACAACAAUAUGAUGGCUACAAUCAGAAUGCACAAUACGGUCGUGGUGGAAAUGACCCUUUUGCUGAUCAAAAUCCACCUCGUCAAUCGUACGAUUAUGGAGCAUAUGCUGCCAAUACGCCAUCUGCUCAAGAUCCAUAUGCGAUCAUCCAACAACAAUUACGAGCAGACAGACCGCCUCAAUUGCCUCCGCUGUAUCGUGGAUGA